AUGUCCAGUAAACCUGUUGACCAACAAUACAAGAGCUCCAUUUCCUGGUACUUGGGAAAUCCUUUGAACGAGUCUUCCCAGUACGAUAUGUUUAAAUGGAAAGUUUUGAGCUCGUUGUUGUGUGACGGUCACAAUGCUCCAUUUUUCCAGCAAUUGAUCGAGCUGGAAUAUGGCGACGAUUUCACCAUCAAUAGUGGCUUGGACGCUACAACUGCAUUGCUCACAUUCACCGUCGGAGUGUCGAACUUGUCGGUUGCAAAAGCUCACGAAUUGCCGCAAAAAGUGGUAGAAAUUACCAAGAAUCAUAUACUUCCUGAGUUUGAUUCACGAAGAUCUUCCUACGAGAAUAGAGUGCAAGCAUUAUUGCAUCAGAUCGAGCUAGGGUUCAAAAAGCAUAAACCUGAUUUUGGGUUGGGUUUGCUCCAUUCUAUCGUGCCCAACUGGGUCAACGGUUUCAAUCCAAUAUCGUCAAUUAAAGUGGAAGAGAUUCUUAGCCGGUUUAAAAACGAGUACAAGGAAUCCGGAUUGAAGAUGUUCACCGACAUGAUCGAAAAAACCAUACUUAACGAUGAAACACCUGUUUUCAAAUUUGUGAUGGUUCCCGAUGCUGAAUUUUCCAACAAGUUGACCAAGGACGAGAAACAGCUUCUUGACUCAAAAGUUUCUCAAAUGUCGCCAGAAGACAAACAAGCCAUUUUUGACCGUGGCUUGAAGUUGGCAGAGAGCCAGCAAGCAGAGCAGGAUAUCUCAGUGUUACCUUCGCUUACAUUAAGAGACAUACCCAGAUACGGUGAACAAUAUGCCUUGAGGUUUUCCGAGAUUAAUCUGAAAAAGUAUCAGCAACGAAUUGUCGAUACGAACGGUUUAACAUAUGUCACGGCGGCUAAAGACUUAUCGUAUUUGCCCACCAAGUACUACAAGUACAUGCCUAUUUUUGCAUCGUGUUUAACCAACUUGGCUGGUACGGCGAAAACGUCGAUCACCGACUUGGAGACCAGAAUACAGCAAACCACCGGCGGAAUUUCGUUCUCUUUCAGCAACAAGACAGAUCCUUACAAUAUUAUGAAGACCAAUUUGAAGUUCGUGCUUUCAGGAAUGAGUCUUGCCGACAAUACCAAACAUGUAUACGAUCUCUGGCACGAGAUUUUGACGUCCACAAAAUUCAAUGCUGACGACGAAGUUGUGGAUAAAUUAUCGACUCUAGUCAAAAGUAUUGGACAGUCUCAAAUGAACACAAUUGCAGACAGAGGACAUUCGUUUGCUGGAAGUUACAGCAGCUCUCAGCUUACACCAACAAAGUACAUUUCUGAGCAAACUGGAGGAUUAGCCCAGGCAAAGUUUGUCAUGGAAUUGAAUCACAAGUUGGACCAAUCUGGCAAACAAUACUUGGUAGAAGAAUUGCUUCCUAUUCUUCGAGACAUUCAAGACCAUAUCUUGAACGGCCAUAGUGCAGGAGGAGACUUUGGAUUCAAUUACAGUGUGGUUGCUGACAAAAAUGGUGUUGCCCAGAACGAUAGUUUAGUCAAGGAAUUCGAUGACAAGAUUGUUUCGGCGGCAUCGAAGAAGAGCCUUGAGAACCAACUUUCCACCAUUGACCUCGGCGUGAGAAGCAAAAAUUUGUCAACUUUGGUGAACAUGCCAUUCCAAGUGGGGUACUCCUCGUUGGCCAAACUUGGAGCAGAAUACACCAGCAAAGAUGGAGCAGCGUUACAAGUUUUGUCACAGCUUUUGACAUUCAAGCAUUUGCACUCGGUGAUCCGGGAAUCAAACGGAGCAUAUGGAGGAGGUUUAAUGGCAGAUGGGCUCAGUGGAAUAAUGAAUUAUUACUCUUAUCGUGAUCCCAACUGCUUGAAAUCGGUGUCAAACUUCCGGGACUCUGGCAAAUUUGCAUUGACGAAACUAGUUGAUUUUGGCAGUGUUGGAGCAUGGACAGUAGACGAUUUACAAGAGGCCAAAUUAUCGAUUUUCCAGAGUGUCGAUGCUCCUUCCAAUAUUUCCUCGCAAGGCUCGUCCAAUUUUAUCGAGGGAAUCACCGACGACAUGAAACAAGAAAGAAGAGAGAAUUUUUUGGAUACUUCAAGCAGCGACUUGAUAGAUGUUACUAACAAGUAUCUCGUCGAUACUGCAGAAGUUGCAACUAUCAUCGGCGACAAUGCCAUUCUCCAGGUUGACAGCACCUGGAAAGUUAAUGAGAUGGGAAAGGGGAUGUAA